AGCCUCAGCUUGGGCAGAGUCUGGCGGAGGCACUGGGGAGCAUGGGGUGUUUGGAAUAAUUACUGAAACCCGCGUGUGUCUGCGCCAUCCUGUGGGUGUGGCGCAGAGCGGAGUGUAAACUCUAGCGGGGCUGGAGCACACACUGGAUUAGUGGCAGCAGCCUGCCAGCCUGCCAGCGAGCAGUGCGGGACCCGCAGCGCAGCGCGCACGCCACCUGCACGAUGGCCUCGUCUCAGGGGACGAACGAGCUCAAAUUGGCCGACUGGAUGGCAGCUCUCCCGGAGAGCAUCCACAGCAUCCCCCUCACCAAUUUAGCCAUCCCAGGAUCUCACGAUUCUUUCAGCUUCUACAUCGACGAAGCCUCUCCAGUAGGGCCUGAACAGCCAGAAACUGUCCAGAAUUUUGUCUCUGUUUUUGGAACUGUGGCCAAAAAGCUGAUGCGGAAAUGGUUAGCCACGCAAACGAUGAACUUUACUGGUCAGCUAGGAGCUGGGAUCCGUUAUUUUGAUCUUCGAAUUUCCACCAAGCCCAGAGACCCCGACAAUGAACUCUAUUUUGCUCAUGGUUUGUUCAGUGCCAAAGUCAAUGAGGGCCUUGAGGAGAUCAAUGCAUUCCUCACAGAUCACCGUAAGGAGGUCGUGUUCUUGGACUUCAAUCAUUUUUAUGGAAUGCAGAAAUAUCACCAUGAAAAAUUGGUCCAGAUGCUGAAAGACAUCUAUGGAAAUAAAAUGUGCCCAGCAAUUUUUGCACAGGAAGUGAGUCUAAAGUACCUGUGGGAGAAGGACUACCAGGUGCUGGUCUUCUACCACAGUCCCGUGGCUCUGGAGGUGCCCUUCCUCUGGCCUGGGCAGAUGAUGCCAGCACCCUGGGCCAACACCACAGACCCGGAAAAACUGAUUCAGUUCCUUCAGGCGUCCAUCACUGAGAGAAGAAAGAAGGGCUCGUUUUUUAUAUCUCAGGUGGUGCUGACGCCCAAAGCUAGCACUGUGGUCAAAGGGGUGGCCAGUGGCCUCAGAGAAACAAUCACAGAAAGGGCUCUUCCCGCCAUGAUGCAGUGGGUCAGCACGCAGAAACCAGGAGAGAGCGGCAUCAAUAUUGUCACUGCCGAUUUUGUAGAACUUGGUGAUUUCAUCAGCACUGUCAUAAAGCUCAACUAUGUCUUUGAUGAAGGAGAAGCCAACACUUGAUAGUACCAUUUUGAGCAUUCAUGAAUAAGAUAGAGAAGACUCAUUGUAUUAAGCAUAUUAUCUAGAAACACUCUGAUCUUCCUAUUCCACUGAGUGAGGGAAUUAGGGCUGGCAGUGGGUGGGAAAAGGGGAAAUCCAUUUCUUGAGUGGUUAUUGUCAUAGUCUGCAUUAGUAUAAAUAUUUCAUUUCCCAUUUGAUGAGCAAAAUCUACUUCUAGUGUUAGAGAUUUAAAAAAAGACCAGUGACAUUUGUUUUUCAGAAUUAGUCUUUGUAAUGUAUAACUCACAAGUGUUGACUUGAUUGUGUUUCUGAUUUCAACCUAGAUCUGCUAUGCUCUCUGUAUCUUCUAACGGAACCUUUUGACCCCACCCCCUUACUCACUCUUCUUAAUCAGAUGCUGUAUGGGACUCAAAACAACUGACUGUCCCAACAGAAUGUAUAUUGCAUUGUUGUAGUGAAAUUUAUUUGUUGUGUGGGACAUGGUAUAAUAUUCUGUUGUCAUCUGCAAUUGGGCAAUCAUUGCUAACUCUUUGUCAUAGAAAAUAUGCAUCAAAACAGUUUCCCUGCAUCAGUAAUAUUGAAGGCCAUAAUCAGUGAUUUUUUGUGUCAUACAAAAAUAAUAGUGUUUCACUGUAUUUCUAUUUAAGGCAGCUAUAAAUAUAGAGUAAAUAAUUCUUUGGAAGAACUACUUGUGCCAACUUUAAAUGGGGGGACUGGGAAGAGAUGGUUGCUAAUUUAAUUCAAGAAUCCCCUAGUAACAUUGCCCUACAGAUGCCCAGUAAAUGAAAAAUUAUGAAUGAAGAGUGUGUUAAAAUCAGAGAACUCUGCAAAGAACUCUUACAAAAGCUCUCCUGACAAUUCUCUUGAUUGAAAAGGGGUUGAGGGGUAGGGAGAGAAAAGGAAGAAGAAAGAAAUGAAAGAUUGUUCUAGCUUUCCUAUCAAAUUAGGAUUUCUAAAUAUGUAAUUCUAAAUCCCAGAUUUUGAGGACCAUAUUUCAAGCUUUACUUGGAGGUUUUUUUAAAAAAUUAAAGUUGAAAAAGGAGGAAGGGUGGCAGAAGGACUCAAAGCAAUGCUUUUGAAACUCUGUCCAUGAAGUUUCAAGAAUCCAUGAACCAUCUUUAGCAGAUUCUCAAAUAUGUGUGACCUGAGCAGACUCUACUGAAGACUGACACAGACUCACCCCUCUGGGUUCCGUCCUCCCCUAGGGUUGAGAAUGAGACAGAGAUAAAAGUUUCUGUGUCCAGCAUUUGACAGUCCGUUUCUGCAGAGAAGAAAAAAGAUAAUGCAACUAUGAGAAUUGCUUUCUCCUUGUUGUCUUUAUGAUAUCUGACAACGCUAAAAUCGUCUUAAAAGAGCACAAUAAACUUUACAUGCCUCACAGGAAUAUAGUGAAGCAUUUAUAAAAAUUUAUAAAAUUUGCUGAAAUUCUUAGGAUUAUGAAUUAUUGUAUCUAAAUGUUUAGAAAUAAUCAUGCAUCAAUCGUUUCCUGGGAAAACACAGCCCAUAGAAAUAGAAGCGUUCUCUCAGCUUCUAAUUAAUCUAAAUGUAAGGCAUGUGGUUAAAUCUCUGAGACCUAGGUAAGGGAGUUGAUUCUAGGAUUAUGUAGGUCCAGAUUAUAAAUAAUGAAGAGUUGUUCACAUGGUUAUAAAUAUUCAUUAUCAGAAAAUAGUAUUUAUUAGCAAUUGCAGGAAAGAUAAAUUGUUUGUACUGAAGAGAAUGAUUAUGAGAAGUAUGUAAGUAGAUGUGAUAGACCAAGUACCAUGCAAAUACACGCAGCAGAUCUGAUCUACAUUCCACUUGUGUAUGUUUUUCCCUACACAAUAUAUCAAUACACACCCACUCCUAUGCAGAGAGAUUAAAAUACACACAAACACAGGCAUGGACAGACACAAUCAAAUUCUUUUUUUCAAGUGAAAAUAUUGAUAAUAUAAAAUAAUUUAAUUGUAAGACUGUGAAACCCUUAACAAUGUAUAAAAAAGAAUGAUAAGACCUUUGAAAGUAGAGUAGCUGAUCAUAUUCAAAUAUUUUUGUAAAGAUAAUCCAGCUUGGGACUUAAUUAUUUGCAAAUAUAGUUUUCUUUCUGCUUUGCAGUUGUAUUGUCUUCCUGUGACUUUCACCUGUUCCUUACGUGCAAUUGAAUAUGAAUCCUUUUUCAAGGACUAUGGAUUAUUGAAAUUUAUGUCCUGUAAAUUUGCUUUUGGGGCAAGUUUUCUCUCUGACUAUUCAUUGUUCAUCCCUCAGGAAGAUCUUUAGCCAAGCACACUUGAAAUGACACAGGAUCUAACUUAUAAAUAUGACAGGAAACAGAUCUUUCAACAUAUUCAUGAAAAUUAGUAAAAUAGAGGUAAUGAUGUAUUUUCUUGAAGUUAGAUGCUUUCCUAUAAAGUUUGCUUAGAGUAAGCUUUGCUGUUUUUGUCAUUUUGGUGCUGGAAAAAAAAAACACCUGCUGAAGGAUUAGACUGUGCAAUUUCUUAACUGGAGAAAGUUCUCUAUUGCUACUAAUGAUAUAUUUGACAAAAGGUAUCUUCAAGCCACUGUUACUGUUUCCAGGUGGACACAAUGCUAUGUAGCAGGCACUGAGAGAAAAGGGACUUGCCUUAAUUUCUAAAGGAGGGAGCAGAUAGAAGUGAACUGUGGUCUUCCAACUGGGUAGAGAGUCCACUAGAAGGGAUUUCUUUGAAAGAGGGGGGUGGGGAGAAGGUGCCUUUGGCUGUCUUCCCUUUAUUGGCCCUGCCCUGAGCACUUAGGGAGCAUGCUGGGGGAGGGGGGGAGGGCGGGGGGAGGGCUAGUGAUAUGCAAUCAGAACUUACCCUCAGCCUGUGCUUCUUUGUCUUAGCUGGGCAGUGUCUUUCUAGACAAGCUACGAGUAAAGGGCUACAAAGAGGCCCCAAGAUGAUAGGCGAUACAUCUUGGUGUACUUUGUGUUCUGCUUGUUUCUUGAGACUUUAUGUCACAAAUUCUGCAAGGCAAAAAAUACAGAAACAAAAUGCAACUUCCAUCUAAUCUACAGCAGGAAGUCAAAGGAGUGGGUGGGAUGGAUGAGGGAACUUAUGCAAAGAGAGUCAUUUUUGGUUUGCUCUCCUGUCUGUAAUUUUGAAGAACCAAAAUGGGAUGCUCCUGCCAUUAUCAUUUAUGUCUCCCUUAUUACUACACAAUCAUGUGAAUGCAGAGAAUGAGGAGGCAUUGUUUCAAGGCCUUAGGAUAUUCUGUAUGAUGACCUCAAUAUUCACUUUCAGCCAUAUUGGGAAAAGUCACUUUCAUGAAGUGCCACCUAUCAGUGAAUGUAUUAGUGCAUAAAGCGUUCGGCAUGUAUAUGCUGUGUGUCUCCACACAUGCAAACACACACACACACACACACACACACACACACACACAGACAUUAUUCAAAUUGAAACUGUACUCUAAUCACUCAACCUAAUUCUAUUGCCAUUAUAACUCUUAAAAUCGACAUCUCCUACAUGAGUAGGCAUAAACAUAAUUCAAAUAUUUAAAUAUUCAAGAGAAAAAAAAUCACUAGGGAAACAAUGAAAAAUGAGAAGGUCAUAAAUAAGAAAUGCCCAGCAGUCUAACUACACUGUCAAUUAUACUUCAAACUAGAGAGUGGAACAGGGAUUUGAAUAUAAAUUACAAACAAGUCCUCAUCUUAAAGUUGUUUAAAGUUCUUUGAGGUUCUGACCUGUUCAGGUUCUCCCCUGUUAGAAUUUUAGUCUGGAAAGUUGGAAGCUUCAGGAAAUGCAUGUUUUUGUGAUUUUUUCAGUUCUACAGUUUUUCAAAUCCAAUGACACAAAUCUUCUAACCUUUGGCCACUCAACUCAAUAAGAGCUCUGUAGGUAGAAUGCUCGCCCUUUGAACUGCUCAUAGAAAAUGUUGCACAGUGUCCCUCAGGAUAUGCUAAACAAGGUUUUUUAAAAGUAUUUUAUUUUACAGCAUUUUAGUCUUUUCAAAUAGACUUUAGUGACACAAUGGUGUAAAUGCUAUAUUUGCCAUAACUCAUUGGUGGCUCCUGUGUUACAUGCGGUUUUAAAUAAUGCUCUAAAUUGUUUGUUUCCCCAAUGACAAUGAUAAAGUGUUCUGUAGAAUUUGUAAAAUGUGUUGAUUGAAUCUGUUGAUAAUUGUGUAAUUUCUAUUUCAUUUGAGAGACUAUUUUUAGGUAUAAGUUCUAAAUAUAUAUUUGUAUGAGUCAAAAGUAUUUGCUGGUAUGUGGUAUGUGUGUGGAAAUGUAUUAUAUCUUAUAAAGAAAAUCAAAGUUAUCCUAAAGAAAAGGGCACAUUAUGACCAGCCUUAAUCCAUUGCCAUUUUGUUGUUGUUGCUGCAAUUUGGGAUUAAAAUUUAAAGAGAAAUUAUGUCUUUGUUAAAAACGGCUUUUUAAAAAAAUGAUAUGAGAAAUGUACUUUAGAACUUACCUGAGUUCCCACAACUUGUGGAGCACCUGAUGCUUCUCAAAAGUUGCAAACAUCCAUUAACUGAUUAAGCUCGUAUUCAUACAAUGAGACUAAAUUCCCAUUUGUUUCUAUCACCAACAGAACUGGCUCACCUCUAAAGCUGUUCUAUGCAUCGAACCCAUUUUGCUUAUAAGUUUCCCAUGAAAAAUUGUUUCUCCAAAGCUUUACUUUUUAAAAUGGGAUCUUCUCGAGUAAGAUGAACUGCCGUGGCUCCCUGAGGGUCGCUCAAGACCCGUCAGCAUUCAGUGAUCCCAACGUGGCUUCCUUUCCAAAAAACAAGCAUGUGACACUCUCACCCUUUUGCUAUCUACCUACGUGUGGUCUCACAUUAGGAAACUCAUGUCUAAUCCGAGGAUCUGCACAGGUUCUCAUGCUCAAAGCAAAAAAUCUGUAAUCUUCCUUUGGCUGGGAUCUGGGUAUGGAAUAUUAAUCUUCUUAUUUCCUCUCUUUCUUCAUCCUCAAUUACCUUUUUUUUUCAUAUUUAGGGUUGCCAGAUAAAAUGCAGAACACCCAAAGUUUCUUUGUAUCCAGUGGAAAACCUAAUAAAGUUCUAGUACCAGAACAUAGGAGAUAUUGAUUUUCGGAUAAACAAUAACUAUUUUUAGUAUAAGAAUGUCCCAAAUAUUUCAUGAGACAUACUUAAAAAUUAUUCACUAUUUAUCUGAAAUUGAAAUUUAACUGGGUGUCCUGUAAUUUUUUCCCCUUUAUCUAGUAACACCAUCCAUCCUGGCUCUCUUUUUCAGCUGGGCUACCUAAAAGGAGUGAAAUCCUACCUCCUUCCACAUCCCCAUGUUAAGAUACCUCAUGAAAAUCAGUAGUCCUAAUGCCCUCCAUUAAGGAAAAUCUUGAUUCAUGCCAAGUCCCACAAAUACUUUAUGAAGGACCAACUCGAAAAUAGAUAAAAUAAUUAAGUAUGUACCUUUCUAAGUUUAACGCCACCACUUUCAAAAUUUCCCUUCACUGGCCUGUUGUGAGGUGCAGAGUGUCUCCCAUUACGCCCUUAAAUAACAUUCCCCAGUAAUUGUGACAACAACAACAACAAAAACACCCACACAGGAAAAUGCCUCUGGAAAGUGGUGUCACCUUCUAACUCAGUACCAGGAUUUCUUUGAAAAUUCAAUCUCUCUCUCCUCUUCUUUUUUCUUCUUUUUUUAAAAGAGAGAGAGGUCACACUUUCUUGACUAUUGGAAGAAGAGAGAGGGUCUGAGAGAUGGACACAGUCCUGUUGGCUCCUCCUCAGGAGAUUGGGUGGGGGUUGGGCAGCGGAUGGGUGACCAGGACAAUGAUGUUAGCACUCAACAAAGAGACUUGCCAAAGCAAAUUAUAACAACCAGCACUUUUUCUGAGGAAUUGAAAACCCAAGAAUCCCCAGAGUGAAAACAGGGAGAUCUUGGGCCCAUUGCAGAGAAUAAAACCGUGGUGGAAUUCCUAAAAUAGAGUUUUCAAAUACUGUUGUACCCAACAGCAAAUCCUUGACAUGGUCUGAAGGUGGAUGGAAUUUUGGAACAGUUUUAGUACCUACCUCCUCUCUUGAAAUUCCCAUAAGUGGUAAGAAAAUUCCAAUCCUAUAAUACAGCAUUUCCACCCCAUGGCCCCACCUGCAACAUUUGUGUGGGUUUGCUUCAUUUCCAAAGGACGGGGAUUUGCAGAGCUGGUGACAUUUCCUCCACUGGAUACCAGAAAUUCACCAGAGGGAGAUGGAUCUGUGCCUUCUCUUUUUAGGGUCUGGUCAUUGAUACUUGGGUAAAUGUGGUGUAAAGAAACUACAUGCCAACAAUUCUGUUUAGCAAAUGUGAUUUUUAAAAAUAAGAUCAUGUUCUUAAUGUAAGAAAAAGUUUCUUUGUAUCUAGUGAAAUGCUGAAUAAAGUCCUGGUACCAGUUCUACUUA